GGCUCGGCGGCCAUGCCUUCGCGGGUGGACGACUAUGAGGUGCUGCUGACCAUCGGCGUCGGCUCCUACGGCCGCUGCCAGAAGAUCCGCCGGAGGAGCGACGCCAAGGUAUUUGUUUGGAAAGAACUCGACUAUGGGUCUAUGACCGAAGCUGAGAAGCAAAUGCUUGUUUCUGAAGUGAAUUUGCUCCGUGAACUAAAACAUCCAAACAUCGUCCGGUAUCAUGAUCGAAUCAUUGACAGAACUAACACGACACUGUAUAUCGUGAUGGAGUACUGUGAAGGAGGUGAUUUAGCUAGCUUAAUCACACGAUGUACCAAAGAAAGAUACUACUUAGAAGAAAAUUUUGUUCUUCGAGUGAUGACUCAGCUGACGCUGGCCCUAAAGGAAUGUCAUCGGCGGAGUGAUAGUGGUCACACCGUGUUGCACCGGGACCUCAAACCAGCAAAUGUUUUCCUAGAUGGCAAGCAGAAUGUCAAACUUGGUGAUUUUGGGCUCGCUAGGAUAUUAAAUCAUGACACGAGUUUUGCCAAAACAUUUGUUGGUACUCCAUAUUACAUGUCGCCGGAACAAAUGAAUCGCAUGUCCUACAAUGAGAAAUCUGACAUCUGGUCACUAGGCUGCCUAUUGUAUGAAUUGUGUGCAUUAAUGCCUCCAUUUACCGCUUUUAACCAAAAGGAACUUGCUGAAAAGAUCAGGGAAGGCAAAUUCAGGCGAAUUCCACAUCGCUACUCAGAUCAAUUGAGUGAUGUUCUUACCAAGAUGCUAAACUUAAAGGAUUACUUUCGACCAUCUGUUGAGGAAAUUCUAGAAAGCCCGUUGAUAGCCGAUUUUGUGGGAGAAGAACAAAGAAAAAAUCCUGAGAAAAAAGGGCGUCGAUCGGGAGAGCCAGAAAGACUGCAGAAUUCAGGCUCCCUACUAGCUGAACAAAAACUGAAGGAAAUGCGAUUGCAAGAGAAAGAAAAAGCCAUAAAAGCAAGGGAAGAACGUCUAGAACAGCGGGAACGGGAGCUUUGUGUUCGUGAGAGACUCGUGGAAGAUAAACUCAGUAGGGCUGAAAACUUGAUGAAGAACUACAACUUAUUAAAGGAACAGAGGAUCCUGGAAUUGGCAAAUAGCCCAGAUGAACCUCUCGACCUUCCUUCUACUGUAACAAAGAAGAAAGUUCACUUUGGAGGGGAAAGUAAAGAGAAUACGAGGAGUGAUAACGUCGAAAAUCAUCCUGGUUCCAAAGCAAAGUGCAAGGACCUAAAGAAACGACUCUAUGCUGCCAAUCUACGUGCACAAGCUCUGUCAGAACUGGAAAAAAAUUACCAACUGAAAAGCCUGCAAAUUCUUGGCAUGCGUUAGUUAACAAGGUUUAGUUUAGUGUUUGUAUAUAGUAUUUAAUAAUACUUUUGUCUGAAGAUUUAUAUCUAGUUUCUGUUCUAUUUGUAGCUUUAAAUAUACUUGGUUCUAUGAGCCAUGCUUUUGUUUUAAAAUAAGAGUUAGUUUUUCCUGGACUUCCUUUUUAUUCUUCAGUAAUAAUUAUGACAGUUACUGAAUUUUCUUCUUUCUGACAGCUAUGCAUACUUAUGUCUAGUUCCGUGUAUAAUAAAAAUGGAAAAAUAUUUACAGUCAAAAUAAGAGUUUUAGAUGCAGCUUGAUUCUGUAAAGUUUCAUAGAUUUGUGUGAGGGGGUGGAUAAUUUUUCAAAUUAACAUGAAGAAACUGUGAGAUGUUAUUGUGAGCUGGUGAGAACUUUAAAACAUUUUACUAUGUCAAGUAGAGGUCAUUUGUAUUCUCAAAGUUGAUUCAGGUGUGACCUUAGCUGCUAUAGCGUGAUCUGGAUUUCUUAAAUCUAAAAGCCUCAAGAGCAAGCAAUUUAGAGUGUGAUCUUUUCAUAUUUGGUUUUAAAGCUCAAUGUGUCCACUGGCCUAUGUAUAGUAACUUCCCAUAUAUUUUAAAAAGUUGAAAUACUUUGUGCCCAGCUCAGCUACAGGUUGUUUUAUAUACUCAAUGUCUUUAAAAUGGUAAUACUCCUACCUCUUUCAUUGCUUUGUAUGAUCUUUAAUAGCAAAGAGCAGAACUUCAGUCAUCUUCAUCGUCCCUAAA